UAGCAUGCCUUGUGAUAGACACCAUUACCAUCCAAUCCAUUAUUUUAGUAGUUGUAGAAGAUCACACGACACCACUUUCCAACUUCUAUGCCUAUAUUAUACCUUUCAGACCUUCGUUCUUAGCAGCACACCUAAAACAACUUCUCAACCUAUUAAUUAAGGCAAAUUUUCCGUCAACAUGGUGCAAACACAUUUUGUUGUGGUGUUCUGUUUGUUGGCUUUUACAUGUUCCCUGCUUCCUUCUUUCUCCUUUGGGAUGAUGAGAAUUGGUUUGCAGAAGAGACCUCUAGAUCUUCACAACAUGGAUGCUUUUAAAAUGGUGAGAGAACAACAACUAAGAUCAGGAAGACCAAUGAUGCUUGCACAUAAGUCCAGUGAUGAUGCUAUAGUACCUUUGAAGAAUUAUAUGGACGCUCAAUAUUUCGGUGAGAUCGCAAUUGGCACUCCCCCACAGACCUUUACUGUCAUAUUUGAUACCGGUAGUUCCAACCUUUGGGUUCCAUCAUCCAAGUGUUACUUUUCUCUUGCUUGCUAUACCCAUAAUUGGUACAAGGCAAAGAAAUCCAAGACAUAUAACAAAAACGGAACAUCUUGUAAAAUAAGCUAUGGAACCGGAUCAAUAUCUGGUUACUUCAGUCAAGAUAAUGUUAAAGUUGGCAGUUCCGUUGUCAAGCAUCAGGAUUUCAUUGAGGCUACCCGCGAAGGAAGUCUUUCUUUUCUGGCAGGAAAGUUUGAUGGAAUAUUUGGACUUGGAUUUCAAGAGAUCUCAGUUGAAAGAGCUUUGCCAGUAUGGUACAAUAUGUUGGAACAAAAUCUUAUCGGUGAGAAGGUGUUCUCUUUCUGGCUCAAUGGGAAUCCUAAUGCGAAAAAGGGUGGUGAAUUAGUUUUUGGUGGUGUUGACCCUAAGCAUUUCAAAGGAAAACACACUUAUGUUCCGGUUACUGAAAAAGGUUACUGGCAGAUUGAAAUGGGAGAUUUUUUCAUUGGAGGCUUGUCAACAGGUGUUUGUGAAGGUGGCUGUGCUGCUAUUGUGGACUCAGGAACAUCUUUGCUUGCUGGUCCAACUCCUGUUGUGGCUGAAAUCAACCAUGCUAUCGGAGCUGAAGGAGUUCUGAGUGUAGAAUGUAAGGAAGUUGUUUCUCAAUAUGGAGAGUUGAUAUGGGAUCUCCUAGUAUCAGGGGUAAAACCUGGUGACGUCUGUUCACAAGUUGGUUUAUGUUCUAUCCGCGGGGAUCAAUCUAAUAGUGCUGGGAUUGAGAUGGUUACUGACAAGGAACAGAGUGAGUUGUCAGCAAAAGAUACUCCUUUGUGUUCUUCUUGUCAGAUGCUUGUUCUUUGGGUCCAGAAUCAACUAAAACAAAAGGCAACCAAGGAGAGAGUAUUCAACUAUGUGAAUCAACUGUGUGAGAGUCUUCCAAGUCCAUCCGGUGAAUCAGUGAUAAGCUGUAACGAUAUUUCUAAGAUGCCAAACAUUUCAUUCACUAUUGGAAACAAACCUUUCGUCCUCACACCAGAACAGUAUAUUCUAAGAACCGGAGAAGGCAUUACACAGGUCUGCCUUAGUGGGUUUAUUGCUUUUGAUGUUCCUCCUCCAAAGGGUCCACUCUGGAUUCUUGGUGAUGUUUUUAUGAGGGCAUAUCACACUGUUUUCGACUACGGAAACCUCCAAGUUGGUUUUGCUGAAGCUGCCUAGUUACCACUUGUGGAUGAAUGAAUAUCUUAAGGAAUAUUUCCAUAAUUUCGCUUCUGCAUUGUAAAUAAGCUGUUGCACUACUUUGUAACUACUAUAUAGCUCCAGUUCACUUUAUGGAUUCGCAUGUGUUUAUGUAUUUAACUAUAUGCACGAGCGAUGAGAGACACUCACAAACUUCAAACUUGUAUGCUCUGACGUGAAGAACCAUUUUCUUUUUAUGUGUUCAGUUCUAUAUUGUAAAGACCCUCCUUUUGAGAUUUUCUUUGCCAAAAGAACCGAAGGGAGAAAUAAAAAUGUAGAAAUGAUUUUAAAAAA